AUGGCUGCCAUGCCCCAAGUAAAAUUGAAAUGUGCUGAACAUUUUAACUCUAGUUGGGUGGCUGAAGAUUGUGAAUCAAUCCUAGAACAGGAAACAUUAAAUCAGUUGUAUGAACGUCUUCUGAUCAACAAAGAAUUGGUUCCUGCAACUCAACAGGCCAUUCAUCUCAGAGGACCAGUGUUGCCAGAUUUUGAAAAAGAUUGCCAUUCUUCUGAGGAAAAAGAACAUUUACUGAAUUCUUUGUUGUCAAAUCAGUUGUUUCUAGCAGCCACAGCCUGUAGUAAUACGCCAUAUUGUCAAUCUCUUCGAAAACGUCUGGUUGUUUUACAAAGAAUCUAUCACAGUAUCUCUUCUAAAUAUCAUGAGAAAGCAGGAUCUGCUACAGAGAACUCAACAACUCUUAUUGGAAAUGAAGAGAAAGAAACUAAAUCGUCUGCAAAGGAUGCAGCAUCUGGAAAUAAUGCCUUGAUUGAAAUUGGUGUCAAAACUGGUUUAAGUAUGUUAUUUGGUCUCCUGCAGCAAAACUGGCAGUUGGCAAAUGAAGUUGGGCGUUUGUCGUUCACUAAUAAUAUUUUUCAAACAGCUAUUCAGGUCAUCUCUUCUCUACCCACUCUAUCACUGGCUAAUGAAACAAAGCUUUCCUCCCUUGGAAUCGAGACCUUAAAUGAAGUAACCAAGUUUUUAAAGUUAACAGCUAUGCCAGACUCUGGUGCUGAUUUGAAAGGACAACAACUGGCUGUAGAAUUGAUGUUAGCAAUAGCUUGUCAUCGUGGUUCAUUAUGUUACUUAUUGGAAUGGAUUGAUUUAGCCAUGGAGGUAUCAGCUGUGAGCCAGGCUGAAGAAAAGAAAGGCAGUGAAAAGAAACAAGGAAUGAUAAGAUACAGUUUUUAUAAUGAAAUUAUACAACAAAUGCUCAGUUCUUCUGGCUCGGUUGAUUGUACCAAUGGAUUUCUUCCACCCCAACCUGAUAAGGCAGGAAUGUGUAGUCUAUAUAAAGCUUCCCUGUAUUUAUUACAUAUGUUGGAACGUUUAGCUGAUAGAUAUGUAAAUAGUUGUGCUGGUCCUGAUGAGAAUAAGAAUAGUAAUUUAGAUCUGGGAAUGUCCAGUGUGCCACCUGUCAACUCAACAACUUGUGAUGUAUUUGUAUGGGGAAGUAACAGUAGUCAUCAGCUAGCAGAGGGCAGUCAGGAGAAAAUACAUACUCCCAAAUUAGCUUCCUCUUUUACAGAUUGUCAACAGAUUGAAGCAGGACAGUUCUGUACCUUUAUAUUGAUGAGAGAUGGUUCAGUCAGUGCUUGUGGUAAAGGAAGUUAUGGACGAUUGGGACUAGGAGACUCUAAUAACCAGGCUGUACCUAAAACAAUACAUUUUGAACCUGAGAGAACCAUCAAGAAGAUCUCAUCAUCUAAAGGUUCUGAUGGUCAUACUCUUGCUUUGACUCAUAGGGGGGAAGUCUUCACAUGGGGAGAUGGUGACUAUGGAAGAUUAGGACAUGGUAAUAACACAACUCAGAAAACACCGAAGUUAGUUCAAGCGUUAUUGGGUAAAAUAGUGAAAAGUGUGUCAGCCGGGUACCGACAUUCGGCUGUGGUGACUGAAGAUGGUGAACUCUAUACUUGGGGAGAAGGCGAUUAUGGACGUUUAGGUCAUGGAGACAGUACAAGUCGUGGUCUACCCAAGUUAGUAAAAGAUAUAAGUAAUGUAGGUCAGGUAGCCUGUGGUAACUCUAAUACUAUAGCUGUAUCACAGGAUGGUAAAACUGUCUGGUCUUUUGGAAGUGGAGAUAAUGGAAAACUUGGUCAUGGUGAUAUGAAUAGACAAUAUAAACCUAAAGUUAUUGAGGCAUUUAAUGGAAUGUGUAUUCGUAAAGUUUCAUGUGGUAGUCAGACAUCUCUAGCUUUAACUUCUACUGGACAGGUAUAUGUGUGGGGUAGUGGAUCAGGGCUAGGGUGUGGUUUAUCUGAAUUUACUGCUCUGACACCUCAACUAGUAAAAGAUCUACAUAAUGUCCAUAUUGUAGAUAUAGCCAUGGGAGACAGUCACUGUAUAGCACUAUCACAUGACAAUAGAAUCUAUGCAUGGGGUAAUAAUGCAAUGGGUCAAUGUGGACAAGGUCAUUCACAAAGUCCACUUACAAGACCACGGAAAGUGUUUGGUUUAGAAGGUGUUUCUAUUCAACAGAUAUCAGCUGGUACUUCUCAUAGUGUAGCUUGGACGUCACUCCCUCUAGAUAGGACCAUUGUGGCAUGGCAUCGUCCAUUUUGUGUUGAUCUGCAGGAAUCCACUUUUAAAUACCUGCAGAAGUUUUUAGAGAGAUAUUGUACAGGAUUUAACAACUCUGAUACACCAGCACCUUUUCUUUCUGAUCAAGAACAUCAGAAGUUUGUGUUACUAUGUUUUAAGAUAUUAACAUCUCAUCUAUCUCUGGCACUAGCUGGGGGUCUGGGUGGUGAACUACUUGGAUCCCAAACUAAGUUAUUACGUAGUUUAUUAUUUAAACUUAUUGAUACUAAAACUACUGAUGCUAUACAAGAGGCUGUUUCUGAAACAUUAUCAAUAGGAGCCUCUCUGUUAUUACCACCAUUGAAAGAGAGGAUGGAGUUAUUACAUUCAUUACUCCCCCAGGGAACUGGCUGGGAUAUACUUACUACAGGACAGAGAAUGCAAGUAUCAAUAAUAUUAACAAGUUUACAAGAUAACCAACAAAUAUCAACUGUGUUAGGUUUUACUAGUUGUUUACUAGUUACUAGUCAACAAACAAUUCCAACAGAACCAACACGUGAACUACAAUUAGCUGAAGUCCUCAUGAAAACUAUUCUACACAAUCUAGCAUCUCAUACAGAGAAGAUAUUGAAUGAAAUGGAGAAGAACAGUGAUAAAGAUAAAAGUUUAUUAUUAACCAACUCAGCUCCUCCAAUGAAUCUUGGUUUACUACUCUCAUCCCUACAGAAACACCUACUAGCUUACUGUCAUAGUAAUAACAACUAUUGUAACAUAGUAACCACUACCCUGAUAAAUCACCUAUCUCUUCUACUACCGGUGUGUAAAGAGUUAAUUCAGUUAGCUACAUCAGUUUUAAAAUCUACACCUACUCUUCUACAACAGUUAGAAAGUAAGUCAAUAGUUGUGUUUGAUAGUCCAGUUGGUGGAAUGUUAUCUCAUGUUCUACAUUCUCUAUUAAUAUUACCACCUAAUUUAACUGUGGCCAUAUUACCUGAUGUUUUGUCUUUAUUACCUGCCCUUGAUCAGCUCUCCAAAUCUUUACCACAUAUAAUAGAUCUAGAGAAUAAGGAACUGGAAAUAUCAGUCGGUAAGUCGGUGCUGAUUAUGAUUUAUGAAGAAGCCAAUUUAAAGUACAAGGUAGAAUCAUGGACAUGGUUAGUGGUAAUAGAAAGAACAUGUUCUCUAGUAGUAGGGAAUGCUAUUGGUGGAAUGUUACUAGGCCCUUCAGUCACUGUCUGUGAAACUAAAUGUAACCAAUGGCUGGAUAGUCAUCUAUUUAGUACUGGCCUAGAAAUAUCUCUUCCCACUCUUGAGAAGACUAUCAGUAAACUAGGGUUGUAUUAUGAAGAGAAGAUAGAAGAUAUCUCAUUAGAAAGUUUAGGAUUAAAACUUGAUUCUAAUUUAACCUGUUUAUUAGAAAUUGUAUUAAAGCUUCCCACCCAAUCAGCUAGAUAUAUCUGGGCUAAUAUGACAGAAUAUGCUACAUAUCAAGGCAAGUAUCUUGAUACAUGUGAAUAUAAUGAAGAUGAUGAACCACUAUUAGAUAUAGUAUCUAGAUUUUAUUUAGCAACAUUAUUAAAACAUUGUAACCUGAUUAAAACAGCUCUAGAACAUAAAGGAUAUCAACCAUGUAAAAGUUUAACUCAAGUUUAUCAUCUAGUAUAUGAACUACGUAGUAAACUAUAUGCUAAUAAAGUCCGAGUUGGAAUGGAGGACAAACAGGAAGGGGAGUUAACUGGACGAUGGAAACUGUUACAAGACAGUGCUCCCUCAGAUACAGAUCUUGCUGAGGAUUACCAUUCUGAAGUAGUCUCAGAUGGUAGGUUUUGUUUAAAAUUCUUUCAUUACAGUGUAAACUUGAGAUCAAUUUCCAGGUAUCAAAUUUCUGUUAAAUGUGAAAAUUUAGAUGAAGAUGACAUCAAUGAAAAUAGAAGGAGAGAAAUAUUACCUAAGAUAUCAUAUGAAGAGAUGUGUAAAUCUACUAUAAAGAGAUGUAUAUUUUUACUAGUUGGUAUAAAGUCACCAUUAUUAUCUGUAUCUGAUGAGGUACCACUAUCACCUGGUAAAACACAAUCCACAGUACAACAUAUUGAUAAUACAGGUACACCUGGUAUACUGGUAUAUAGAGAUGAGGGUAGAUUAAAUAGAAGAGGAAGUUUACCUGAUAUAUCACAGUCUGUACUACAGGUUAGUUUCAAUUUUACAAUAGAUGCAACCUACUACAUCAAAACCACUAAUAUAGGAACUCUUCAGAAAGUAAAGGAAACUUUACGUAGAUUGAGGUGGAGACGAGAUAGAAUUGAAGAUAUGGGAUUAUCUCAUGUUGAACCUCAGAUGUCUUAUUCCACUACUCAGCAUUAUACACAGUUACAGCUGGAAAUAGCUCGCUUUGUUUGUGGUGACCAUCAGCCUACUACUAGUUUAUCAGACUCUAUUACAAACUGUACAGUAGAGGAUAUCAGUACAUGUUUAGAUAUUCAACAAAAUAGAGCUGAGCAAAGACUGUAUGCGUUGAAUCAGAUAGUAGAAUUAUUAUCCACUAGAAGAGAUAAUGAAGAGAAAGAAGAUAGUUCAUCAUCUAAUAUUACCUCUACCACCUUAUUAAAUACAUGUCAUCUACAACUACUAGCUGGCUGUUUUGGUUUCCUUGUAGAAUUCCCUAAUACAGCUACUCAAAAUUACCAUUAUCAGUUUGGUAUAAAAUCUGCCAAUUCUCAAACUCAACAAGAAAUCCAGUUGGCUGUACAUCAGAUAUAUGAAUUACUAGUCAAAUCUCUCUGUGAUAUUUAUAAUUCUCACCAAUUUGGCAUGGAUACCAAGAAACAUCUAUUAUUAUGUACUGUGCUAGCAUUAAGUAUGAGAUAUAAACCUGUAGAUGUCUCUCUAGCUGUAUCAUGUGGUUUAAUUCCCUUGUUAUAUAGUCUAUCAGAGGGUUCUAACAAUCUACCUAAUACUCUAUCUCCCAUGCAGGGUUGUCUCUCAGCCUCCCACCUCUCAGCUAUAUUACAAGUUUCCAGCCUUAGAUUGCUACAGAUUAUAUCUGUCACUACAGGGGCGUAUGCUGAUAAACUGAGUAAUAAUGUAAUACAAGCUAUAUUAGAGUUACUAUGGAAACAGUUACAGAAUAUUCUACAACUGGCCAAUCCUGAUUUAGUUUGUGAAUCUGUUUGUUCCAAUAUAACAGGUAAUUAUAAAAAAAAAUGUAUAUUUGUAGAGAAGACUCUAUCUGACCAUCGAGAUCUGAUCUCGGCUCAAACCAGUGUUGGUGAUUUCCUGGUGUUUCUACGCCGUGUGGCCGUGUCUACCACUAUACAAGAACAUAUGUGUACCUCUUAUUGGAUACAAGCUUUACUAAACAUAGUUUGUGGUACGGAUGAUGAUGGUGUUCCCUUUAUCAACAAUCUGAGAGCUAGGCUACUGUCUUUAAUGUUAUUAGAUAAUUUACUACCAGCCUGUAAAGAACAAGACUCAGAAGAGUUGAGAACUGAGGUGAUUGAAAAAUUAUUUGACUGUUUGUACAUCAAUAUGUGGAAAGUGCCAGCAGCUAUAGCUAAGAUGGAGGCUAGAAAGAAGAAAGAGGACUUGCUUCAAAAACUUGAAACUCUGUCUACAUCUAGCAGAGAAACGACCCCCACCCCAGAAUCUUCCAUUGAUUCUAUCCAUAUGCAGGGAGCUGCGUUUGAUAUGGAGAAAUGUAACUCAUGUAGUGUUGAAAUGGAUCAUACAUUAGUUCAUGGAUCUGGUGGUCGUGGAUACGGACUAGGAACUACUGCUAUAAAGUCUGGAUGUUACCAAUGGAAGUUUUUGAUAGUGAAAGAAAACAGAGGUAAUGAAGGGACAUGUGUUGGAGUAUCAAAAUGGCCGAUACGAGAUCAUGGCCAUCGUACAACUAGUGAUAUGUGGCUGUAUAGAGCCUAUAGUGGUAAUUUAUAUCACAAUGGAGAACAGACGUUGAUAUUAUCAAGCUAUACACAGGGUGAUUAUAUCACAGUCUUGUUAGAUAUGGAUGCUCGAACAUUGGCUUUUGGGAAAAAUGGCGAGGAACCAAGAGUAGCUUUUGAAGAUAUAGAAUGUACAGAACUGUAUCCAUGUGUCACCUUUUAUAGCAGUAACCCUGGUGAAAAGGUGAAGAUUACAGAUAUGCAGCUUCGUGACAAUCCUCGUGAUUUAUUACCAGGUGAUCCUCAUUGUGCAACCUCAGUAUCAGUUAUAGUGGAAUCUAAUAUCUCAUUAAUACGUAACCUGUAUAACGUACCUGCCUGGUCUACAUUGAUCAAGAAGAAAAUGUGUGGCAUGCUGGAUAAACCUGUAUCAAUUUAUGUUAUAGAAAACACUGUAAAAGAAGACAAAUCAGGCAAAGUGAAUGAUAUGAACCAAUCAAAUGAUAGUAAACCAGGUGAUGGUCCAAUGGUUGCCAACCAACAUUUAGGACUGAAAUUUAAAGUUGAUGAUCAGAAGUUAGAAUGGUUGUGUAAGCAGGUUUGGCCAUGCUUAUGCGUGAUAGCAGGAGUGGAUUCAGGCAUCAGAAUUGGUGGAAAAUGUUUACAUAAAACUUCUGGUAAACAAGGUAUUGUGAUGGGUAUGUCUAGGGAAGGUACAACUACUGUUAAAGUUCAUUGGGAUGAUGGGACAUGCUACUCUAAGAAUAUACAAGUCAUGACUUUUGUUUCUAUUUCUAGUGAUACUCCAGUAAGUAAUAUUGAACCAAUAGAAACCCCAGAUUUUGAAAUUGAUAAGUUAACAGGUUUCACGGCUGGUCAUUUGGACUCUUUAGUGAAAUUGGCCUGUAUGAUUGAAGAGAAGGGAAUGCAGGAGUUGCCUCAGCAGCAACCUGUUCAGGCGGAAGACAAUGAACUCAAUCAGGAUAUUAGUCGAGAACCAACAGAACAUCCAUUGUCAGAAUGGCAAGCUUUAGAUCCUCAAGACAUUGUUGAUAUUAAUUCAACAACUUCUCAGGCAGAGGGAGAAAAGGAAGAGCCUAGUUCUGAGGAAAAUAAGCCUGUUGAAGAAUUUCAAAACAUUCCAAUCAAACCUAAACUAAAAUCAAAGUUGUCAAAAGAAGAAAAAGAAAAUCAUUAUUUGAAGCAAAUGACAUUGCAAAUGGCUGCCAUGAAGUCGUUAAGGGUCAUCAUCAGCAGCAAUAAAUUUGCUGAAAUGUUAUUGGUUCCUAAAUCAAGCCAAUCAGAAAGUGAUGCUACUAAAUCCUUGUUGGAGGGAAUUAAAGAUCAGAAAGAUGAAGAAAUAAAACAUUCUUUACAAGCCAUGAUGAAGAAAAUUGUCAAAAGAUCUCUGGUAUCUUCGCCAUUUAGAAGAAUUGUGAGUUUGUCAGAAUUGGAAAGAACAUUCAAUGUAUUACAAAAAUUAUCAGUUUCAUCCUCCUCAGACUCUAGUCUUGAUAUUAAUGAAUUGGAAGGUAGGUUUAUAGAAACUACUUCAUCAGAGACCCCUAAUACUGCAUCUGCAGCAACACCAUCCACAUCCAACCCUGUUUCUGUGAGUUUCCAUUUAUUUCACAUAAUUACAUUGGAGUUAUGUUGGUCCCAUACCAUGAUACCUUUGCAAAUCCCCACAAAGAUUUCUCUAGGCUUUAUGAAUUUAUUGGGAGUAGACUACUCAGAUAGCCAUACCUUACAACAGAAAGCUGUUAACUCUGCUGAUAAUAUUAUUUGUAUUUCCAGUGCCGAUGAUGUAGGUGGUAUAACAAGAAGAAUGUUAAGAUCAGUUCAUCCUAAAAACGUUAUUUCCUUAUCCAAUACCAUGAGACGUCCAUUACGUUCUAGAUCUCCUUCCCCACCGCCACCACCAAUCAUACCUCCUUUACUAGAGAUGGGUUUUAAUUUAUCUCAGUGUAAACAAGCUUUAGCAGCCACAGGUAAUGGUCGUGAAAUCACUGUUAGAGCCAUCAAUACCUUAGCUACCUGGAUGAUAGAGCAUCCAAUAACAACACCACCAGUAGACCCAACUUCCCAGUCUGCUCCCAUGAGUCUGAUAGUUGAAGAUAUGGAAAAUAACACUACAAGUCGUAUUGACUCUCCAACUGAUCCAUAUUUACUGAAUGAUGAUACAUCUGAUGAUACAGAAGAUUAUGAUGAACGUGUUCGUCCACGAUUAAGAAGACCUAGACGACUGUCUAGGAGUCGACAUAUAGACAUUAGAAGUUUUUUUACCGGUAAAUAUAUUAGUUUUAUUGUUAAAUGUCACAGAAGAGAAGAUCGUCCAGAAAGAAGACAUGAAGUAGGUGAAGCCAGGCCAUUAUUUGAUCCAUUUGAUGACUUUGAUUUACAAGAGGAACUGUACAGUGAGGAGGGCCUGGAGGACAUGUUUACCUUCAACCCUACAGACAGACCACAGCCUUUCUCCAUAUUGCGUCGUGAUCUAGAUGUGCCUGAUCCAAUCAGAUGUGAAUUAUGUGGACAUGAAAGUUUUAAUUUUAACAGACAUAUGAGGAGAUACCAUCCAGGCUGUGGGGGAAGUUGUGGUAGUCAUGGAUACCGUAGUGAUGGACUGUAUGAUGAUGGAUGGUUUGGUGGUGUUUGUGGAUCAGGUCAUCCAUUUUAUUUACUGUGUCGUGAAUGCCGAGAACGCUAUUUACAACCAGCUAGAGUCAGUGUUAGUGAUACUACUAAUACCACCUCUUUUAAACCACCAAACACAGUUCCUAUAGCUCCUGAUUUACUUGGUAACUCUGAUGGUAUGUUUGAUGAUGAGAUGAUGUUAUCAUUGAUGGAAGAUCAAUCCCAUAAUGUUUUAAAUGAUAAUUUUGAUAAAUUAUUACCAAGAUUGGGUUUGACAGAUCGUAAAAACAUCCCGGAUCCUGUCAGGUUUACUGAAAAUGAUCCACUAGGCUCCAGAAUCAUCAAUACUAAAUCACCAGAAUUAACUUCAGAAUCUUUAGGUGUUGUACCAAGACUAUCUAGAAUGGAAUCAAGAGGAAAGAAUUUAUCAGAACAAGCAUGUAAUUUAACUAACAGUACAGACAGAAUGUUGGCAUUACGACGUACAGCAGCUGGUAUGCAUGUAUUACUAGCUAGAACAAUAGUGAUGAAUGUUCUCAAAUUACUGGCUCAAAGUGGAAGUUCCUGUAGCUUAUCAGAAGCUUUAAAUGAUAUAGGUCUAUCAGAUAUUAUGUUGAUAGUACAACUCAUGUCAUUAUGUGCCAGUGGAAAGAUGGAGAUGUCACGUAAAAAUACAGGCAAUGAAUCUACAGAGCAUUUGGAUCAUUUGACUAUUGCCAUCGGUGCUCUAGUUCAAGAUAAUCCCCAAGCUUUAAGACAACUCAUGAAUUUUUGUACAGAGGAACUAAUGCUGGCAGCAAUGAGUUUAAAUCCUGCAGUUCCACACGCACAUAAACCAUCCCUAUUUACAUCAAGAAGGCCUUCAACUUUUACAGUGACUCAAGCUCUGGUGUCAUUGUUAGCUAAAAAGGGUUGGACUUCUCCAAGUACUGAAAGUCCAGUGAUAGAAACAAAAUUUUCACCUCUACAACUGAUCAAUGCUUUAUCUGCUUGUGUUAUAUCAGCGAGAAUGAGUUCAAAUUAUAGAUGUUGGGCAGCUCAACAACUAGUCCAGGCUUUAUCAGCUCAAGGCCAGCGUGUACAGUCAGACACUGAUACACAGGUUGAUCUAAGUGGUGACUUACCUCCCUGUGCCACCACCAACCUAGAGGCUCACCAGAACAGAUUGUCAACUUGUAUCUGGAACUCUAAGAAAUGUCUGCUAGCUUCUGGUGGUUAUGAUGGUACAGUAAGAAUCUGGAAUAUGAUAAGUAAAUCUCAGUUGUUACAGCAGACCUGUGUAUUUAAUCGUGAUGAAGGUCAAACAGCAGAAGAUCUAGAUGGCAUUCCGUUAAAUAAUAUCUGUUGGAAUAGUACUGGUAAACUUCUUGCUGCGUCCAGUGAUAAUAUGAUCAAUAUUUGGGCUACUGGAGGAAGUAAAGGUCACCUCGAAAUCCAGUCUGAAUGGGUUACCGCCCUUGCUUGGCCACAAACAAGAGGAUUGUUUGAAGGUAGACUGGGUUUACCAGUAGACUGUAUACUAGUUGGGUCAUUAGAUGGUAAAGUGGCUUUAAUAGAUGUUGUAGACAGUUGUAGUUUUUAUCGUAAAGAGCUGGAACAUUGCUACAGAUAUAAUGUGUCAAUAACACAGAUAGCCUGGUAUAAUGAAGAUAAGAAGUUUGUAAUAGGAUAUAAUGAUGGUACAUUGUCCAUAGCUUCUAAUAAAGACUAUGAUCAACCUAUUAAUACAGAAGCACAUCAGAAUUCUAUAUCAAUGUUAAAAUGGGAUCCGACUGGUCAUCUACUGUUAUCUACAGCUAGUAAUGAUCAGACAGUAAAGAUAUGGAAAGAAGGUGUUGAGGGACUAGACUGUGUAGCUAUUUUACCUCAUCAAGCACCUGUUACCUAUAUUGAAUGGUGUCCUCUUCUCGGUCAUAGAGAUGAUAAAAAGUUACUAUUAGCUAGUGGAUGUGAAGAUGGUAGUAUUUAUUUAUGGACCACUCCACAACCAAAGACCUCGAAUUUGACUCCAUCUACCAUUAAAACAGUAGGAUUCAGCAGCCCAGUGGAUGCCAGUGAUAACAGUAACCUAAUAUCCAAACCUAUUAAAACUUUACUGGGACACCUGACAUCAGUUUCAUGUUUAACAUUCAGUCCUAAUGGUUUAAUGCUGGUGUCUGGGUGUGUUAAAGGCUUGGUGAACAUCUGGUCUCUUCAUGAUGCUUGUCUAUGUCAGACAUAUACUGGUAAUGGUACUAUACGUAGUCUCUGUUGGUUCUCUGAUAGGAUGAUAGCUGUUUGUAGCAGUAGAUCUAAAGACUUGACAAUAAUCCACUUUUCACCUGAGAAUUACAAUAGAAAUAAUAGAAUUGUCAGCGUGGCUAGGAAGUCUUUAAAAUCACGAGGAUUGGUCGGGUUACACCAGGCACCGUGUUUCCGUGGAUUAUUACAGAGACUGCCUGAUUUACUACAAGAACAAUAUCAACAUGAAAAGCCGAUGGUAUUUAGUGGUGAUCAGUUAAUGUUUAGUCAGUAUUUACAGUGUUUAGUAACGUUAGUAGUGGGACUAUCAUUAGAUACAGCUCUCUGUUAUACACCUACACCAUUACAUCAUCAAACAGGUACUACUGGUAGGUAUAAUAGUACAGUCUCUGAAUGGCAAUGGUUAUUAAACUAUUCUACAGCAGUGAAAUCCUGUGAUGCCUUAACUAAACGUUCUCCCUUUCCACAGUCCUUUAUCAAUCUCUGUCAGAAUUUAGACUUUAUUUCUAACAACAAGGAAGAGAUAUUGGUGAGUGAUAAUUCUAAAUGGAAUUUGAUACAAGAUGGAGAGAUAAUGUCCUGGGCUAUCAAUCAUCCUGAAGAUUGGCAGAUGGGUGGGCUGUCUGAGUCAUACCUCUGGGGAUAUGGUAGGCACGGGCAGAUGUGUGAAGGCGGACAGUCUUGUAAUAAACCUGUUAAAGUUCCAUCUUUCUCUUGUGCUCAACAGAUUGUGUGCGGUCAGAAUUGUACAUUUGUUAUUCAAUUUAACGGUACAAUAAUGGCGUGUGGGGAGGGGAGUUAUGGUAGACUAGGUCAAGGUAACUCAGAUGACCUUCACACUCUUACAGCUAUAGCCACACUACAAGGAUUUGUUGUGACUCAAGUAGCAACAUCUGUAGGAUCUGAUGGACAUAGUUUAGCUGUGACAGAGAGUGGAGAAGUGUUCAGUUGGGGGGACGGAGAUUAUGGUAAACUGGGCCAUGGGAACAGUGACAGACAAAAACGUCCACGCCAAAUUGAAGCUCUUCAAGGAGAGGAGGUCAUUCAGUUAUCAACAGGAUAUAAACACAGUGCAGUAGUAACUGCUGAUGGUAAACUAUUUACGUUUGGUAAUGGUGAUUAUGGUCGUCUAGGACACGGAUCAACAGCCAAUAAAAAACUACCAGAACGUGUGGGUGAACUAGAAAAUUAUCAGAUUGGAUAUGUAUCUUGUGGAUUAAACCAUACACUCUGUGUAUCUGUUGAUGGUAAUAAUGUGUGGGCAUUUGGAGAUGGUGAUUAUGGUAAACUGGGACUAGGAAAUACCACUGCUACAGCUGUACCUAAUAAAAUAGAGGCUUUACAAGGUGUUAAGAUCCAGAAAGUGGCGUGUGGAAAUCAAUUUUCUGUGGCGUUGAGUCGUUGUGGUAGUGUUUAUACUUGGGGUCUAGAAAGAUUAAUUGGCCAGGCGAAUUCUUCAAACAGAAAUCCAAAUAAACCCCAAAAAGUAUCAGCAUUAAAUGGUCAUUUAAUAACAGAUAUAGCUGUGGGUGCAGAACAUACUCUGGCCCUGACAGUUACUGGUGAGGUAUGGGCGUGGGGUAGUAAUACAGAUGGACAGCUGGGUCUAGGACAUAUUAAUUCCCCAGUUAAAGAACCUGUUUGUGUUCCAAAUCUGGAAGGAGUACAUAUCAUUCAGAUCAGUGCUGGUAAAACUCACAGUGCAGCCUGGACAGCUCGACCCCCUCCAGCCAGGACCCCUGGGUCACUGCGCCCGUUAUUAAGCCUAACAUUAAGCCUGCCUGAGGAAUCACCCCCUCAAUAUUCAUCAUUAAAGGACAUUAAUUCAUAUUAUAUCCGAGGACGGUUAGCUCUACUUCACCAAUUCUCUGAUCUGAUCUACAAUACCUGGAGAUUACUAUCUCUUCCUAAAAAUCAGAAUAGUUUGACAAGUUUUGAGACUGGUGCUAUGGGAAUAAUAGAUGGUAGAUUAAGAAGUGUAUUAUCACCAAGAGUUUAUACUCUACCAAUGGUCAGAUCUAUAGGACGGACCAUGGUCCAGGGUAAAAAUUGUGGUCCUCACAUAACUGUUAAACGUUUAUCUACAAGAGGUAAAAAAUGUCGUCCAGUGUAUAUUCAAACAGCUCAACAAGUUGUUAAAUUGAAGCCAGAAGAAUUACGUCUACCAGCUAGAGCAUGGAAAGUUAAACUGAUAGGUGAAGGGGCAGAUGAUGCAGGAGGAGUGUUUGAUGAUACUAUAACUGAAAUGUGUCUGGAACUAGAGUCUGGUAUAGUACCGCUUUUACUACCAACACCCAAUACUAAAACAGAGACAGGCAAUAACAGAGAUAGGUUUUUAUUGAAUGCUUCCUUUAAAGCUAUAGAAGACCAUGAAGUAUUAUAUAAGUUUCUAGGAAUAUUAUUUGGGGUAGCUAUAAGAACUAAGAAACCAUUAGACCUACAUCUGGCACCAUGUGUCUGGAAGCUGCUAGCAGGAAUGACUCUACAGGUUGAGGAUAUAGAGGAGGUAGAUUAUUUAUAUAUACAAAGUUUACGAGGAAUACUCAAUAUACAGGAGAAUGGAGUCAAUGAAACUAAUUUCCAUGAGUUUAUCCCAAUAGACAGUUUUGAAGGUCAAAGUUCAUCUGGUGAGAUGGUGCCAGUGAUACCUGGUGGUUUAAAGAUACCUUUACAUUUUAAUAAUCGUAAAGAUUACGUUGAUAGAGUCAUGCAGUAUAGACUUCACGAGAUGGAUAGACAGGCUGAAUUAAUAAGAGAAGGGAUGUCGUGGAUCAUACCAGUUCCUCUACUAUCAUUAUUAUCAGCUUCAGCAUUAGAACAAUUAGUUUGUGGUACAGCUGAAGUUUCUAUCAAUGUUUUACGUCAAGUUGUCAGGUACCGAGGAAUUGAAGAAUCUCAUAUUUUAAUCAAAUGGUUCUGGGAGACACUGGAAAACUUUACAAACGAUGAGAGAAUACAGUUCUUACGAUUUAUAUCUGGAAGAACAAGACUACCAACCAACCCAGCUGAUAUUUCACAGCGUUUUCAGAUAAUGACUUCUGAUAGAGGUUUAAACAGCCUACCAACUUCUCAGACCUGUUUUUUUCAACUGAGGUUACCCAUGUACAGCAGUCAAGAAGUUUUAGCAGAGAAACUACGCUAUGCCAUCAAUCAUUGUCGAUCUAUUGAUAUGGAUAACUAUAUGUUGACCAGAAAUACAGAGAAUGGUAUGGGCUCUGAUGAUGAGGUUCCUUAAUUUGUGUUGAUGUAAAUUGAACUUCGGUGACAUUUGUUUAAGAGAAAAUAAUUGUGUAAUUUGUGUUGAAAGUGUAGGAGUGAAAUGGAGUUAUAUUAUAUUCUUUUGAGUAAAAGAUUCGAAAACAAUGUUUUUAUUAAGUUUUGUGAUUGUUUUUUUAAUCAAGGAUAAAUUUCUGUGAAAUUUGAAAACUUGUUGCUAUACAACAGCAGGCUUAGCAAAAGAAAAGAACUCAUUCUGGUUUUCUUUCUCUCCCUAUUUUUGUAUAUUCAGAUAUCAAUUUUGCUUUAUUAUUUUUCCUAACCAUUUCUGGUAUGUUUCAAAAAUGAAAAUUCCUUAACUUUUUCAAACCAGAUGAAAAAUUGAACUUUAAAUAAGCUUUGUAUGUGUACAAAUAAUACCCAUUGGUAGGGACUAGUGUUUAACCCUUUGAACCCUGAGUGUAAAUGAAAUAUAACAUCAUAUACCCUGAACUCCAAGUAAUAAAAGUAAAAGCGUAAGACGUCACUUAGCAACGGCCGGUAUCCUGGCUGAUCAAGGUAUAUAUUGCGUUAGUGUGUGAGUGGUAAAAUGGCUGCUCGGGUUGAAAGGGUUAAAAAGCUCUUGUAUAAAAGAAUGAUGUGUAAAUAGCCUGAAUUGUAAUUUAUUGUGUGGUGAAUUGAAGAUAAGACUAUCUUUAAAAAUGAGAACUGAGAAAAAGCCUUGUAAAGAGUGUGAGAUUUGUGAUAUGGAAGUGUGUAUUUCUUUUAUCAGUUUAAUUUCUAUAUCAAAGACCCUAUCUAGAGUGUCAUUUAAACGGUAGCACCUCUCAUCCAGUCCCAGCUGCAAGAAAUAUAUUGUCCGGGUGUCAGCUAGUACUAUAUAGCAAGUUAUGUAGACUUGAUUUAAAUUGAGAGAGAUAUAUACUCGAAUGAAAUAUUGUAAGAAGUUUGCAUUCAGAGCAGUGUUCUUAAGUUUGCAUUCAGAGCAGUGUUCCUACAUUGGCAUUCAGAGUAGUGUUGUCAUCUCUAGAAACUAGUAUGAUAUCCUUCAGUUAAGAGAUUUAUUUUCGAUUCCACAAGCCUAUUGUGAUAAUAAGAAUAACCAGGCUUCUUUUUUUUUCGAAACGAUUUUAGCGCUUGGAUAUUCUAGAAACAGUAUAAGUUAAGACCCUAGGACAUCCAAGCACUAAGAUCAAUUGGAGAAUAUGCCGGCAGAUCUGUAUCUAGAUAAAUUUUGUUAAAUGUGUGAUGAACGUGAUAUAAUAUAAAAAAAAUAUUCAAAU